GCCCGGAACCCAUCCACCUGAAGAUUUAUUCGCCCAACGUCCUCAAUCUAACCCUCAUUGACCUGCCAGGGCUCACCAAGGUGCCAGUGGGAGAUCAGCCUGUGGACAUAGAGCAACGGAUCCGUGAGAUGUUGGGAUUGUACAUCGGUCACCCCAGCUCCCUGAUCCUGGCUGUGACAGCAGGAAAUACUGACAUGGCAACUUCAGAGGCACUAAAACUGGCUCGGGAGGUCGAUCCUGACGGUCGCCGCACCCUGGCGGUUGUGACGAAGCUGGACCUGAUGGAUGCCGGCACCGAUGCCGUGGACGUGUUGACCGGCCGGGUCAUCCCCGUGAAGCUGGGAAUCAUUGGCGUGGUGAACCGGAGCCAACACGACAUUAACGUGAGCAAAAGUAUCGCCGACGCCAUCCACGACGAGAUGUGCUUCCUGCAGAAGAGGUAUCCAUCGCUGGCAAAUCGCAACGGCACCAAAUACUUAUCCAAAACCCUCAACAGGUUACUCAUGCAUCACAUCAGAGACUGCCUGCCUGAGCUGAAAACCAAGGUCAACGUGCUGACCGCUCAGUACCAGUCCAUGCUGAACAGCUACGGGCACCCUAUCGAGGACCACAACGCCACAUUGCUGCAGAUCAUCACCAAGUUUGCCACCGAGUACUGCAACACCAUCGAGGGCACGGCCAGGAACAUCGAGACUUCUGAGCUGUGCGGAGGGGCCCGGAUUUGUUACAUCUUUCACGAGACGUUCGGACGGACGCUGGAAUCCAUAGACCCUCUGACGGGGCUGACCACGUUGGAUGUGCUGACGGCGAUUCGGAACGCUACGGGCCCGCGGCCUGCCCUCUUCGUCCCCGAGGUGUCCUUCGAGCUGCUGGUCAAGCGGCAGAUCAAGCGUCUGGAGGAGCCGGGCUUGCGCUGCGUGGAGCUAGUCCAUGAGGAGCUGCAAAGGAUCAUACAGCACUGUACGACAUACAAUACGCAGGAGCUGCUGCGUUUUCCAAAGCUGCACGAUGCCAUUGUAGAGGUGGUAACUGGUUUGUUCCACAAGCGGUUGCCCAUCACCAAUGAAAUGGUUCACAAUCUGGUGGCCAUAGAGUUGGCAUACAUUAACACCAAGCACCCAGACUUCAGCGAUGCUGCCAUGGUGUCAGCCUCUGUCAACAGCUCCCAGCCCGUUCCCGUCUCACGCAAGCUGAGCCUGAGGGAGCAGCGAGACUGUGAGGUUAUUCAGAGGCUGAUCAAAUCUUACUUCCUCAUCGUACGGAAGACCAUCCAGGACAGUGUGCCCAAGACGGUGAUGCACUUCCUGGUGAAUUACGUGAAGGAUAACUUACAGAGCGAGCUGGUCAGGAAGCUCUACAAAUCGCAGUUGCUCGAUCGGCUCCUGACCGAGUCAGAAAACAUGGCAGCUCAGCGCACUGAGGCUGCCAACAUGCUCAAGGCACUGCAGAGAGCAAGUCAGAUUAUCUCGGAGAUCAGGGAGACCCAGCUCUGGUAGUUUCGAAACCGCUCGGUCGAUUCUCACAACCCAGCCAGCCCGAGCAGUGAUGCUGCAUCU